GUUAACGUAAAGCCGCUUGAAUGUACGUCCAAUACGCGAAUUCGGUUAUAAUCAAAGUAUAGGUAGAUAGAAUCAAGAGCUUCAUCAGCUAUGGAGAACUCCGCGUAUGUCCCCAAUUCGGGACACUUAAAUUCACCAGCUCUUGUUGUAUUUUCGCAAGCCGCCGGCGGUUUGCAAGAUGCUCUUCGGAUUCAAAGGCCAUUUAAUCCACAGUUUGUCAUGUCUGAAGCACAAAAAGAACUACAUCGUCCAUUUUCGGCAUCUUCUUUUGGUUUAAGACAUAUGGAGGCUUACAGUGGUAUUCCAGCUCAUAUUUUAAAUCACCUCCAACCCCAAUUUUUGCAUCCUGGCUUAUCCCUUGGUUCAGGGGCUUUUAGACCUCUGGCAGAUCUUAAAUCAUUUCCUUCUCCCUCAGCGUUUGCUCCUCCUAAAUGCUUGAAAAUUGAAACCACUGGCGACGGUAUGCACUCUGGACAUAACCAUGGCAUAUUUUCUCCAUCAGAAGAUCGCAUUUUGGGGCCUAGUCCUAGAGGAACAGAUUCUUGUUCUCCCGCCAGCACAUCUUUAUCUCCCCAACCGCUAAAUGCUUCUGUAAAAGAGGAGGCUUUGGAUAUUCAAAUGUCUGAGGAUGGAGAGCACCAUUCACGAACCACGGAUACCGAUUCACCGGGAAUUCAUGACGACAACAGAGGAUUCCGAAUGGGUCCUUUGUUUGGUGCAAGCUUUGGAACUAAUGGGCCGUACGCAUUUUCGGUUCCAGGAUUACCUCCAGCUGCACAUGCUCUCGCUAAAUCUGGAUUUCUUUUUGACCAUGAUUUAGUACUUAACAAAAAGAAAAGGGAUCCUUCCAGCUGCCCAGUUUGCGGUAUAACAAUAUCACCAGGAGAUCUCGAAGGGCAUUUCAUGCAAGAGUUGGAAAGACUGUACAAGCUCAGCGGCACAGGAAUAGCAGCGAGUAGAAAAAGAAAUGUAAGAGAUCCUGGAAGACCGCCGGCUUUACCAGGCGAUAGCGGACCAGAGGGAAGAUGGGAGACAUUUCAGCGAAUUAAAACUAACAGACAGGGUAGACUUAGAAUCAAAAUUCGCAAACGCAAGGCAGAUGAUGGGUGUCCAAUAUGUACUGGUAGACCUCACAGAACGCAGGAAGAAUUAAACUUGCAUGUUCAACAAUGCUCCAGAAAGGGCAUGCACGACGAUGAGGAAACUGUCGAUGUGGAAGGUGAUUCAGAAUUAGAGGAAUGGCAUGAAAGUCAAAGACAAAGAACAUCCUCUUUAGUUAGCGGAAUGUCCAAUAGAUCAACUAGAAUUACAGAAGUUGACAAUGAAGGAGACGAUCUAAUAGUUGAUGGAGACGAGCCAGAAGAAAGUAGUUUUGGACCCUCACAAUAUACAGAAUCUGAUGUUGUAAUGAAAGAGAUACGGGAAAAAGAUGGAGUGCAAUCUCAAGUAGCAACAGUUAAUUCUAGCGGCGAUGUAGAAAUUAAGCCAGAAUCACAAACAAAUCAGAAUGCCCAAAAUGGUCAACAGUGUGAUGUUAGCACAUCAGAUGCUGAACCAAGUAGCCGAAUGCAAUUAAUAGAAGAACUAAGAAUCCGCAUUAGAAAACUAGAAGCUGAAGCAACUGCAAAUGGGGAACAAACGUUGUCUAAUGAGGCUACCACUCCACAACCAGAGGAAUAUAGAUGUUUGAUAUGUUUGGAACAAUAUAAAAAGCCAGUUAUAUCAACAGUUUGUUGGCAUGUUCAUUGUGAGGAGUGCUGGCUCCAUACUCUGGGAAGCAAAAAAUUAUGUCCCCAGUGUAGUAUGAUUACAUCACCAACUGAUCUCAGACGAAUUUUUAUGUAAAUCAAUUCCGCUUUUUUCACCAACUGAUAUUCAAUUACUAAAUACAUAUUACUUAAUAAUGUAGAUGGUAACAGUCUGCACAAUUACUCAUCUGAUUAUUAUCAAUCGCACGUGUUAUCAAUAUUCUAUCUAUUUUAUUAUUAUCGACAUUGUUUCAUUCAACGUGGUAAUCAAAGUUCCGUUAUCAUCAAAAGCUGGAGCAACUUGUUGAUAUAAGAACAAAAUUAUUUGUCAUAAUCAAUGUAAAUUAAAAGAAGCCGACGAUAAGAAUUUUAAUUUUUUUUGGAUUAGGUAUAGGGCACCUACAAAUACUUUCAUAUGCCUACCUAUUAAAAAAAUCUCUGGCUUUGUUGGCUUUUUUGUUUUUUUUUUCUUUUUUUUUUGUAAUAUUUAAUAAUUAUUAUAUUAUGUAGGUGCCUAUCAUUAUUUCCAAAAAAUAAUCUUUAUAACUCAUGAUGUUUUGAAAACUAACCUACCGCCAAAAUAAAACUGAAUAAAAAUUCAAUUCAAUAAUAUUUUACUUACAAUUCAGA